GACUAAGUUCGCAUAAUGUUCCUCUCUUGGUCAAAAAGUGCGUGCUCGCUUUAACUGUGUUGUGCCACCUGGGAGCGGUAAACGCACCGCUAUUGAACUGAAUGAACGGCGGUGACGCACGAGCUUCACGAGCGAACCGGAUCAGACAGACCCCAGCGUGUCUUGUCACUAUUAGCUGCGCCUGUCACCGUUACCGGAGUCGGUCGUUCUUCCGACCUUUAACAAGUUUCGCCGCCUUCGUUUCGUGCAGUGUGCGUGAGCGUUAAAGUGCAGAAGAGAAAACGGGAGGCAUGUGAAGUUACUGUCACUUUCACCAGAGAUGGAGAAUUCGGUUGAAGAUGAGUGGGCUGAUUCAGGAGCGGAGACCGGAGGCUGUGAACGAUGAAAAGAUGCAUCCUGGUUUGUUUAUAGGUCUGACUACAGUCUUAUGUCAUCAGCAAGCAGUGAUUUGUCCAUGGGGGACCUACAAGAUCCUUUCCUAGUUUCUAUCCACAUCAUCACUGACCCCGGUCAGGCCAAAACGCUCCAGCAAGCCGCUGAUCAGGUCCUCUCCUGGCUCCACCCUGAUCUCACCCUCUUCAGGGUGUCAGAACGGGCAGGUGGUCUCUCUCGAAAGCCCAAGGCCCGCCUGCAGCGCGUCACCGAACCGCCGUCGCAUCAGCCCGCCUUGGCUGUGAUCCUGUUUCUACAGGAUGAAUACGGAGGUGAAGAGAGUCUUGAGCGUCUCCACAGUCAGCUGAGACGCCCACCGUGGCGAUACCACCAUACAGAGCGGGUGAACGGGCGAGGGCUCUUGCCAUUUUCUCCAGCCAGCCAGGACUUUGUUACACUUGCACCGGGCACACCGCUGUGGGCGCUUCGCCAGGUGCACUACGGCAAAGAAAUAGUGCGCUUUACAGUCUACUGUCGCUAUGAGACCUACACCGAACAGGUGCGUCUGUACAGACUGCUCCUGCGCCGAAGGCUAGCCCAGAAGAAAGAGGAUUUCUGCUUCUGUGUGGUCUACUCCAACCCUGAAACAGAAAUCCAGCUGUCAUUCAAGCGGAUGCCCCGUGGCCAGAACCCCGUUCCCACUGAAAAUGCCGUGAUGGAGAUCAGAGUGAGGGAUGUCGGUGAACUUGUGCCACUGCUGCCAUGUCCCUGCACGCCUAUCAGCGACGUCCGCUGGCAAACAAAUGAUUAUGACGGGAAUAAAAUAUUGCUACAGGUUCAAGGUUCACGGUAUUACCGCAAACGCACUAUUGCAAAGUUCUGCUACCUUCCUCCUGAUGAUCCUCCGGUUACCACCCCUCCUCCACCCGAACCGCCCCCUCCACCUCCACCUUACGGCCGCGGCCCCGCCUCCUAUCGAAAUCGGCGUUUUCACCGGAGCUCAUCACGUUCUAGGACCCAGACCCUUCCGUCUCCGGUCACCUCCAGGACGCCUACGCUGUGCGAUCAGGAGGAGCGCAUGGAGAGGCUCCAGAGGGAUGUGGAGCUCUUACGAGCGGGAUGGACUGGCCACCGCACACAGUCCCUCUUUUCUCUGCCCACAGACGAGUCCCGCUCCUCGUGUGCCUCUCCAUCCAGCUUCCGUCCUCGCUGCUUCUCUUCAAUGGCCGCUCCAAUUUUCCGUGUCAAUGUCGAUACGCUAGUGGGAGCCGAAGAGACGGACGUGGACACGGGACAGACCAUCAGCGGCAGCUCUGUGGACCUGUCGGUGGUCUCAGGUUAUUCCCAUCCACAGCUGAGGCCCCAUUUGAAGGCCCCAGCACCGCGGCCCAAGUCUGCUCCUCCAACAGAUGGAGGUCUUGACUUUAAAGAUCUGACCUUUAAUAACGCCUCCUCCAUAAGACAGACUCCUGUGCUGUCUAGAACACAGAGCAUCUCUGCAAAAUCCACACCUUGUGUAGUACACAAACCACAGCCAAAGAAUGUGAAGGACGUGUUGCAGGACAAAGGACAGCAGAACAGCAAUGGCAUUGUGACAGUAGAGGAUUGUGGUCAAGAAGGCAUUGCGGAGGAAGAGCAAGAAUUUUAUAUCUGACACAUGCAGGCCAAUCAUCAGCAUGUAUGCAAGUCUUAAAGCGUUUCUCCACCCCAAAACGAUUUUUUUUCAUUUAUUACUUACCCCAUUGUCGAUUCAAAGCGGUAAGAGCUUUUGUUCGUCCUUGGAACAGUUUAAGGUAUUUUGAUGAAAACCGGGAAGCUUGUGACUGUCCCAUUGACUGCCAAGUAAUGAACACUGUCAAGGUCCAGACAAGUAUGAAAGACAUUGUCUGAGUAGUCCAUCUGCCAUCGAUUUGUGUUUUAAGAAGCGACGAGAAAUGUACUUCGAGUACAAAAAGUAUUGUUGUUGCUUCAUAACGUUAUGGUUGUAUUUUUCUCGACCUUGAGAGUGUUCAACGGGACAAUCACAAGCCUCCUGGUUUUCAGCCAAAAUAUAAUUAUGUUAAACAUAAUUGUGUUCCAAGGAUGAACAAAGCUUUUACAGGUUUAAAACGACAUGAGGGUAAGUGAUUAAUUACAUUUUUUUUAUUUUGGGGUGGAGUAACCCUUUAAAAAGGGAAUUUUCUAUAAUUGCAAGGACCUGAGUAUUUGAAUGUGGAAAAACCUUAAACCAAUCAUUCUUUCAUCGUUUACUCAUUUUUAUAUUGUUCUAAAUUGACAAGACUCAUGUUAAACACAAAUUUAAAGACCUCAGAUGUUUAAUUGAGAGUCAAGGUAAUUAAAACUUCAGUUCAUAAACGUAUUGACAAAUAUAUUUACUUCUUGUGAACAGGUAUGAUCACUCUAUAUGAUGAGCUUUUAAUUACACGUUCAUAUGAAACCUAACGGUAAAUACUAUGUUAAAUAUAAAUAAAUAUGUAAUACAUUUAUAAAAUAUACAAUAAUAUAAUAUAUUAUAUUAAAUAUGUGCGCACACAAUUGCAUUGACAGACAGAAACAUAUGUUUACUUAAAAAUAUCUAAAUUUGCGUUCCGAAAUCUUACAGGUUUGAAACAAGAGGGUGAGUCAAGGAUGACAGAAUUAUUGGGUGAACUAUAUUUAAGGUCUUGUUCUGUAGUGAAAUUGUUUUAUAAGCGAAAGACAGUGCUUAACCAUGUGCAUUCAUAUGAAUGACUUUAAGACUGAAUCAAAUUGGCUUGUAUUUGUUGUCUGUUGUGGUAUUACGUAGCGUUACGUGAUAGUUGUAAUAAAAAGCUUAUGUCAGAGAACUCAGCGAAGAAUAAAGUUCUGCCACCUAGUGGUUGAACAUGGCAACUACACAAGUGCCAGACGCUUGUGUCCUAAGGCAGCAGGUCACUCGUUGUUAGAGAAACUAUUAAAAUCUCUAUCAUUUGUACAGUUUCACUAUUUGUUUCUUUUAAGAGUUUAAGAAAACGUAUGUAAUGUUUUACAUUGUCACAAAUUUUAAAUUAUAUGUAAAUAUUUUUGUUUUGAUGACCUCUCAGUGGCAGAUGUCAGAACCCUGCGCAAAAUGUCAGUGAUUAUAUGGAUAGAAAAGGAAAUAGUCAAGGAACUCAUUUUUUUUUUUUUUAUGUCUGCCUUUACAAACAUAUAAUUACUGUGGUCUGAACGACUUGCUGUUGAUGUUGUAAAAACAAAACCCAAAUAAUUAUAAUGGUUUUUCAUAGGGGUUAGCAGCUGUUUCUUUGAGGAAAAAUAAAUAAAUAAUGCAUUGUGGAAAGUUGCAUACUUUUACAACAGCCGGUCACUGGCACCUGUUAUAAAUUGUUUAGAAAUGAUUUUUUCAAAAGGAGUGCAUCUUAUGCUUAACGUUGCCAAUAUGUUCAUGUUGUCAAACACUGAAAACAAGUCUUGUAUGCAGGCUUGUUAAUGGAAUAAUCACUAUCGGUUACCUACACUUCAAAUCUUGGUUCAGUGCAGGGUCAAAGGUCAAAGACGUCCAUGUUUCAUUACAGUCAUGUAACUCACAUACACAUACAGGACAGCCCUUGUGAGUUGCCCCUCUCUCAGUGCCAGAUCACUCCCCACCCGUUCCCAGCUAAUCCUUUGAGCGUACCUGGCACAUCGCUACGGCGAUACCGCCUCUCAGUGCUACUGCGCUCCGGCACUAGACUGGGAUUCUGUUAAUCCCGUCCAGCAGCCAUAGAGCUACAGAAAUAGGGCAGGAGGGGUGAACCACAGCGUGGACUAGUUCCCUGCUAGAACAGAAGUCUACUUCAUUUGAAGCAGCUGUAGAUGAAACGUGAUGGGAUACAAUACCAGAAUAAUCAGAUAAUAAUAAUUAGUAGCAGUAGUAGUAUCGUUGCUUCAUUUACGGACGGUAUACUAUAUUACACAGUAUACAAAAUAUUUAUAGCUGUAAAUAUAACAUUAUUUUAGGGUAACUGUUACAGUUUUAAGGACCAGUUCUCACUGUUAACUAGCAUGCAUAUUACUAGAAUUUUGGAUGUUUAUUAGUUCUUAUAAAACACAUAUUAAUGUUUUUUUUCUGCAUGACCAUCCCUUAAUCCUACCCUAUACCUAAACUUAACAACUACCUUGCUGACUAUUAAUACGCAACAAAUCAAAAGUCAUAAUUAAUAGUUAAUCAAUAAUAAUUAUUUUAAAAGUAAUAUUAUUAUUACAGCAUACUACAGUAUAUAAGCAGUACGUUCACCCUUUAAUAAUAUUAAUACAACAAUAAUAUUUGUAAUGGUAAUGAUGCAUAAUAUUAGCUGUAUUAGUGCCCACCCUAUUAAUGUUAUUACAACUAUUACUACUAAUGAUAAUAAUAUUACCAUUGUGACACUAAUAUUUUUACAAUGAAAUAAUAAUGCAAACACAGAUUUGGGGAAAUGUUUGCAAUCCACUACAUAUAAUAGUGAGAAUGUAAUUCUGAAGCUGUGAAUGAGCGGAACUGUCCAGUUGAAAGUAAAGGGGCUAAAGAGUGUCCAAGUGAUUUAGACAUAGGCAUUUGUAAUCUUUUAAUCUUUUAGUUCAUCAAUAUUUGACCCAUUAAAGAACCUACUGUGUUCAAAGUAUGUUCACAUACCAACUUUUAAAUAUCUGACCUCAAGAUGAAAGAGGAGUUGUUUACUUCGGACGGGUGCAUUGUGCUUGCCCAAGUGGCCGUGACUUUCCCAUCAUCAUUUCCCAUCUUAAAAAUUCAAAUGCCGUGGACGGAAUGCUGGAAUUAAAGAAUCUGUCUUCUCCACUGACUGCUGCCAAGUUGCUUCUACUAAUUAACAUGCUUUCUGAUGGGCACCAUCCAAAUACCUGAUGCUUACUGAUCAUUUCCCGCUUGCAGUUUACCAUGGGAAAAAAUGUCUCUUCAAUCCAUUAGGCUCAUUUAUAGAAAAUCCAAUUACAGUGGAGAAAUGUGAAGAAAACAAAACAAAUAUAAAUUAAAUAUUGUUUAAAAUAAAUGUUGGGUACCAUUUUAGUAUAGGGAACAAUUCUCUGCAUUAACUGGUUGCUUAUUAGCAUGGCCAUUAUUAACAUAUAUUGCAUAUACAAUUAUUAGUUAUGUUGUAUUUUAGUACUUAUGAUGCAAAUAUUAUGCAUGACCAUAUUCUACAUCCCUAAUUCAAUCGCCAAACUUCACAACUAGCUUACUUACCAUUAUUAGGAAGCAAAUUACGAGGUUAUGAGGUAAAUUGAUGGUUUGUUAAUAGUGAGAAUUGGGCAUAUUUAUUAAAUUCCAUUUUUUUAUUAUGUUAUCAUGUUAUCAUAUUGU